AUCCCAGCACCAGCCUCCGUCAGCGCCAGCCCGGACCAUGAGCCGCCCCCGGAGCUUCACCCCCGGCAGCCCCCUGCUGCUGCUGCUGCUGCUAGCGGCCUGCGCCGCGCUGUGCCGGGAUGCCCCCAUGGCUGGCGAGCUGCAGUGCCAGUGCCUGCAGACCGAGGCCGCGGUGAUCCACCCCAAGCGCGUCGCCCAUGUGGAGCUGAUCCCUGAGGGGCACCACUGCGGGGUGCCAGAAGUCAUAGCCACCACGAAGAAUGGCAAGAAAGUCUUUCUGGAUCCCACUGCGCCCUGGGUCAAGCUGAUCGUCACCAAGAUCCUGAACAGGAUUGCACCUGUGGACCAACCUGCCCUGACAGACCCUGUCAUUCCUUUGGACCCAAAAUAAGGAUUUAACUUACAUGUUGCAAGAGGAGAAUUUUGAGGGAUAGCACCUGUGUAUUAGCAAAAAUGUUAACCUGGCCUAUGGGCAGAGCCAUGACGUCAUCUUUUAGACUAUUGGCCUAUUGUGCUAAUUUUGUCUUGCUGCUAGAACCUAUCCAGGGUCUGGGGAACUCCCCCCUCCCCCCCUUCUCUCCGCCCACCGGCACGUAUCUAAUAUAUUGUUUAGCAGUGUCUCACUGAGCCUAAUAAGCAAAGUGACACUCCGCCAGCGCUGUGCGUAAUAAACCCUCGUGCUUGACUCUA